CUCCACUCCUUGCAUCUCUCUCUCUCUCUCUCUCUCGCUCUUCUUUGUGCAGUCGCUCUGUCUCGGAGGGUUUUGGUUCUGCACGCCUUCCUCUCUGCGCAGCAGACUCGCUUCGCUAUUCCCCUUCGCCAACCAGGUUCCAUAAUGUCUUGGUGUACGAUUGAGUCUGACCCUGGUGUGUUUACAGAACUUAUACAGCAGAUGCAGGUGAAAGGGGUCCAGGUUGAGGAGUUGUAUUCCUUGGACCUUGACUCAUUGAACAAUCUCAGGCCUGUAUAUGGAUUGAUUUUCCUUUUCAAAUGGCGCCCUGGGGAAAAGGAUGACCGUGUUGUCAUAAAGGAUCCAAACCCUAAUUUAUUUUUCGCCAGUCAGGUUAUUAACAAUGCAUGUGCAACCCAAGCAAUACUGUCCAUCCUGAUGAAUUGUCCGGACAUAGAUAUUGGUCCUGAAUUGUCAAAGCUGAAAGAAUUCACGAGAAAUUUUCCACCUGAGCUGAAAGGUCUGGCAAUAAAUAACAGUGAAGCUAUCCGUACUGCUCAUAACAGUUUUGCAAGACCUGAGCCUUUUGUUCCGGAGGAACAGAAGAAUGCCACUAAAGAUGAUGAUGUGUACCAUUUCAUAAGUUAUUUGCCUGUCGAUGGAGUAUUAUAUGAACUUGAUGGAUUAAAGGAGGGACCUAUCAGCCUUGGUCAAUGUCCUGGUGGGCCUGGUGACAUGGAUUGGCUUCAGAUGGUGCAACCAGUGAUCCAGGAACGGAUUGAGAGGUAUUCGAGAAGUGAAAUAAGGUUCAACCUGCUGGCGGUUAUCAAGAAUAGGAGAGAACUAUAUACUGCUGAAGUUAAGGAGUUGCAGAAGAAGAGGGAGCGUAUAUUGCAGCAGAUAGCUGCUUUGCAGGCGGAGAGGCUGGUGGAUAAUAGCAACUAUGAAGCACUCAAUGAAUCACUGUCAGAGACAAACGCUUCGAUUGAGGCCGCUACUGAGAAGAUUUUGAUGGAGGAGGAGAAGUUCAAGAAGUGGAGAACCGAGAAUAUCCGUAGAAAACACAAUUACAUUCCUUUCCUGUUCAACUUCCUCAAGCUUCUUGCUGAGAAGAAGCAGCUAAAGCCACUCAUCGAGAAGGCCAAGCACAAAUCAAGCAACUCUAGGUGAUGGGUGCUCGCUAAGGUAACAAGUAGCUCCAAGCAAUCUGAUGAAAAGCGCUCUUUCAAGGUGGGAAUUUUUUUUUCUGUCCUUCAUGUCUUUCGGGGCAUUUCCAUUCGGGGAGAUUUUGGUUAAGUAAUUUAAUGUCUGACCCUAAGUCCUGAUUCUACUCUACAUGCUGGGAUUUCUGUCAGCAAGAGAAAAAGCUUAUAGGUCUUUCUCUUUUUCGACUCCGUGCCAGAUUUCUGUAGGAUUGAUGAUGCUUGGAUUUUAUGUAUAGGAACAGUAGUAAAUGCACCGAGGCUGGGAUAGCCCACCAACUGCAUCGAAAGAAACAUACCUGAUUGUGAAGUCAUUGUCCCUCUUUCAUGACCAAA